GCCAAUUUGAAAUUCGAUGAGGUCCGUCGCACGGUCCAAGUGCUCACGCGCCUCGAGCAGCUUCGAAUUGUAUACUAUAAUGGAAGGCUCGCGUCAUUUCUGCCUACGGCAAGGAGGGCAUUACUACUUACGGUCAGCAUUGGCUGCUCCAUUCUUUCACGUUAAGAACAGCGAUGAAACUCAGGCUUCUCCCUUUACUGUCUCUCUUGUCUUUCUUCUUGCCGCCCCACGUUCAAGCAUCUCUUGCUCCGAGGGUAUCUGUUCAUCCCUCCCAGAGGGUCUCGUCUCUCCAAACCUGUCUCAGCACGGCCUUCGCACUCAACCCGCACGAUGUGUCAUUCCCUCAAGAACUCUUUUACCAGUUUCUCUAUGUGAAACCGUACAACACGCGCAUUCACGUUGUUCCUGCCGCAGUGACUCGGCCCACAACCUCUGCCCAAGUAGCCCAAAUCGUUAAAUGCGCUGUAGCCAGCUCUGUGAAAGUACAGGCGCGUAGCGGCGGCCACAGUUAUGGGAACUAUGGUAUCGGCGGGCAAGACGGUGCAGUCGUUGUGGACCUCGUGAACUUCAAGCAAUUCGCGAUGAACUCCACAACCUGGUGUGCGACUAUCGGUGCCGGGAUGCUCCUCGAAGAAGUCACUUCAAAGCUGCAUGAAGCUGGAGGACGUGCGAUUGCCCAUGGUACCUGUCCCCAGGUUGGUAUCGGCGGCCACGCGACGAUUGGUGGCCUGGGCCCAUUGUCGCGCCAAUGGGGCGCUACCUUGGAUCAUGUGUUGGAGGUGGAGGUCGUCCUUGCUAACGGGACCAUUACCCGGGCGAAUUCUACGCACAACCCAGACUUGUUGUUUGCCGUGAAGGGUGCCGCAGCUUCGUUCGGCAUCGUCACCGAAUUUGUUUUCUUGACGCAUGCAGAACCGUCCAGUGCAGUGAUCUAUUCGUAUCGACUGCAGCUAGGGAGUCACGCAGCUCACGCUUCAACGUUUGCGUUGUGGCAGUCGAUCAUAGCUGAGCCAGAGCUCGAUCGCAGACUGGCGUCUGAGAUCAUUAUCUUCGAGCUGGGCAUGAUCAUUUCGGGGACGUACUUUGGCUCCCGAGACCAAUAUAACGCUCUAGAUUUGGAGAGACGUUUGGGCCAGAAUGCCACCGUCACUGUCACGGUUUUGAACGAUUGGCUGGGCACUGUGGGCAAUUGGGCUGAGAAUGAAGCUCUCAAACUAGUUGGUGGCAUUCCCGGACCGUUCUAUUCCAAGAGUCUGACUUUCAAAGCGUCCACCCUGAUACCGGUCCCAGGAAUCCAGGACCUCUUCAAUUAUUUCGACACUGCUUCCAAGGGGACUUUAAUCUGGUUUGCGAUCUUUGAUCUGGAGGGAGGGGCCGUGAAUGACGUGCCCCAGAACAGCACGGCGUAUGCCCAUCGGGAUGUUCAAUUCUACAUGCAGACCUAUGCUGUGGGGAUCGGAUCAAUCUCGAACACUACCACAGCCUUCGUAGAAGGAAUCAGCAAUACCAUUAUCAGAAGCAUGCCGGGCGUCGCAUUUGGUGCUUAUGCAGGCUAUGUCGAGUAUGCGAUUGUCCACAGCUAUCGGACGGCCAAGAAGCUUACUGGGGCCCAAACCUCCCUCGCUUGCAGAGUGUCAAAGCGUCUAUCGACCCUGGCGAUCUGUUCCACAAUCCACAAAGUGUCCAACCGGCGUUUAGCGGACAGGGAUAGUCGGGAAAUAUGGUUGGAGCUGCUAAAAUCUAAAAUGCCCGGCCAAACAGUAGUCAUUCCCGUUAAUAAAUCCUUCCCUUUCGCGUUUCUCUCCAAGCCACCCCAGAGGACUCGCCCAGUCGCACCCAUCCAAGUUCUCCUUCCCGAGGCCCCAUUCGAAGAGACCGUCACCGUUCAAGUCACCCGCCGUCGCUCCAACUCGGCCAUUAUUGCUUGGGCUGCGGCUGUCCAACCGGGUUCGCCUAGUUCCCCCCGUCGUCGCGGGUCUAUCAACGGCCGUCGUUCACCCAGCCGCCGCCGCGGCUCUACCAGCAGCUCUCGUCGCCCCUCCAUCUCUGGUCGGCAAGGAACCACCUCCUACAUCGUCAUCAAAACGCCGACGACCGCAGGUUCUUAUCCCAAAGAUUUUGACCUGACCAACCUUGGUUACUCCUCCGUCUUCCUCGAUCUUCCUGUUACCCCAUCUGUUCCGUCUCCGCAGCCUAAAUCUGCCGCCCCAAACAACGCAUCGUACUCGCACAUUCCUAUUCCCCCCAUUCCCGAUUCACCUCACCCGGUGAAGCCACGACGCGGCCUCAGUCAUUUCCGCUCUCUCACCACACUCACACGCAGCCGAUCGAAAUCUGUUUCCUCGAUGCCGUCUAAGCCAAGUAAAGUCCAGGUUGCGAAUGUUCCCGUGACCACCCGCAAGAAGGCGCAGUACAAGUUUGUGCAUGCUGCGCCGCUCGCCAAUGAGCUUGCACUGAUGCAGUUCGCCGACGGAGGUAGUAUCGAGUCGCACGCGAAACGCGUUAUGGCGCACCAAGCCAAGGCUGCGGGUCCUGGCGUCGGUGUGGGCGCCGUGUUCCGUGACGGUGAGGGUGGUCUCUGGUGGGACGAAGAUGAAGAGUGGGAGUUUGCGCAUCUUUUGAGCGGUGAACAGCAGCUGGUCACCAACAGCGAACAGACACAGUGGGUACAGUUCGAGGAAGGAGAGGAACGCCGCGGCAGUGUUUCUACUCAGGACUCGGACCUGGACGUCCGCUACUUGGUGCAGCCAGCUGACGACGAGGACAUGACCAACUUCGUCCCCCUUGUGCUCAGGCGCCCAGGCAUGUCUGUGCUUGCCUUGCCCUCGAGGCCUCGCCGUGCUGCCAAACAUCUCCUGAAGCCCGAGUUCAUCGUCGAUGCUGCAUUCACUGCUCCCCGCAGCCCGACGUCGACAAAUUCCUCUCAAUUCAUUACCCGGCGACGCCCAGCACCUCUCAAAUUGGGCCCGCUGAACCACGAAGAUCGUCAUGAAUUUCUUGCUGCAUCCUUCGACCCUGCGCCAGCCACCGCACCACUUCUUUCUCCCCUCACACCGGCUUCUGCAGCCCCACCCCAUCCCAAAGCCAAGCAAUCCAAACUUGGCAUGCGGGCCCUCUUUCGCCGCCGCGACUGA